AGAAUCCUAAACCUGUGGUGAUUAUAAAGCCUGAUACACAAGUGUUCAGAGGAGAAACUGUGACUUUCAGGUGUGAAAUACAGAGAGGAAGAGACACUGAGUGGAGAUACGACUGGUUUGAGGAAAGGAAAAAUUACAUGAAUCCUUAUUAUCAGAAGCUAAAUUCACCUUAUACAACACAGGAGAUCAGCUUCAGCUUUAAAAACUAUUAUAGAGGGAAAUACACCUGCAGUGGGAGGAGACACAGUGACAAUCAGAUCUCAAAGACAAGUGAUCCUGUUACUCUCAUUGUAUCAGAAAAACCCAAACCGACUGUGAAACCUCAGAGCUUCAUCUACACUGGAGACACAGUUACUCUCAACUGUAAUCUGCAGUCUACUGGAUGGAGCUUUUCCUGGUAUAAAGAUAACCAUAAAUUACCUGAAGCCCAAAAUACCAACCCACUCAGUGUGAUAAUCUCUAAUGAAGGACAAACAACAUACUACUGCAAAGCACUCAGGGGAAACUACGAGUCAGAGUUCAGUGCUGCAGUUACAGUUACAGUUAAAGCGAGACCAAAGCCUGUAGUGAAAAUACACCCAGCUGUGAAUGUGUUCAUUGGGGAAACUGUCACUCUCACAUGUGACAUACAGACUGGAGGAUCCUGGAAGUAUCACUGGAAUAGAAGUAAUGAAGAAAUCAGAGCUGUUGCAGGAGAGAAGACCUACACAAUCACUGAUGUUAAAGACUCUAAUAAAGGUCCUUAUAGCUGUAAAGGAACUCAAUCAUCAGCCCCAAAAUACACACAGAGCAGUGAUGCAGUUACACUGACUGUAGCAGAAAAACCUGAACCUGAACUCACAUCAGAUCUUAAAGUAGCUGCACUGACAGGAAACUCAGUGACUCUGUACUGUACACUGAAGCUGCAGUCUGCUGGAUGGAAGUUUUACUGGAGCAAAGACACACAGAGCCGUGAAACUGAGACUGAAACAAAUCACUACUUGUUCAGAUCAGUCAGUGUCUCUGAUGGAGGUCAGUACUGGUGCAGAGCUGGAAGAGGAAACCCAGUCUACUACACACACUACAGUGAUGCACUCUGGGUAAAUGUUACUGUGUCUCUGAUCAUCAAUCCCAGCAGAUCUCAACACUUUACUGCUGACUCUCUCUCACUGAGCUGUGAGGACCAGAGAGACUCUACUGGAUGGACAGUGAGAAGAUAC